ACUCCAAUGCCAAUUUUUAAUCCUGGUGAAGCUUUUCUGACAUUUGUUGCUAAUUUAGAACGAAAAAUUAGUAAGUAAAAUUAAUUUCUUAAAUUAUUUCAAAAUUUAUAUCAAUAUUUUGUUUUUCAAUAGCAAUACUCCAAACCCAAUUGAAUAUUACUCGUACAGUAAGUGGUAUUACUUUACCUGUUAGAUGUUAUAAAGUCAAUGGUGUUGAAGUUGGCUCAUGUCUUUAUCCGGAUUUAUGUAAAAUUUUGGCAGCAUUGUUGCCAACAUUCAAUGCUAAAGAUUGUCCACCAAAAUUUUUACCCUAUGGUAUCGAUUGUACAUGCCCGUUUAAUAUACCAGCACAACUUUUAACUAUUGUAGCUGAAAAAUUAACAUUACCAGAUGCACAAGCAACAGUGGCAAAUUUCAUGGCUACUGGUGAUUUUGUAAUUAGACUUGAUACAUCGGACACUAUCGGAAAAUUUGGAUGUGUUGUUAUUAAAUUUACAGUCAAAUCACAGAAACCAGGAAAAUAA